AUGGACCUCACGUCAACGGCGGCGCGUCUUUUGACCACCAACCACCCUCCUUCCAAGAUAGACGCAGCCAGAAUCAAGCAAUCUAUCAUCUUCAUAGACAAUCGAAUUCAAAAACUACAGAAAGACAUCGACCAACACCGUACUAGCAUCAACAAUAUAACGGCACGCCGCGACGAGCUCGUCGAGCGGAAGGAGGCUUAUCAAGGCAUUCUGUCACCAAUCCGAUGCUUGGCCCCCGAUAUCCUGGCAAACAUUCUUCGUCUGGCCAGCGCUGCUUCACUUCCUCAGUUCACUUUAUCCCUUUCGCGUGUUUGCCAGACGUGGAGGGCUAUAUUGCUGCAGAAUCCGGACAUCUGGACGAGAAUCGCCAUCCCAAGAUUCAUACAUACUGCCAGACUUCGCUCAGUAGCUGCAGGGGUCUCAGAGUGCAUACGACGAUCGAAGGCCCUUCCCCUAUCUAUUUCCUUCGACACUCUUCCACUCUCUCGUAAGGACUCCGCCGACCUCCUAUCGUUCAUCCCAGCAAAGCAGCGAUGGAAAACGGUUACCCUUACAGAGUCCUACCUCGAAUUCUUCGUCGGCAUCGCCAAGUCGAGCAAGAAUCCAUUCAAAGCAGUUGAAACUAUCUACAUCAAGACCGCCCCAGGAUACACGCGUCUUCCCCGCCUGAUCACCCUCGAGCUAAUGACACUCCCGAAACUUGCGAAUCUCAGCGUAGAGAUCAUGCAGCACCUCAGCAUCGACCAGAUCCAGGUCCCGAUCGCCCAGCUCUGUACAUUCGCGAUCCACAAAGCCGCCCCACGCGACACAGAAGUAGGCGUAGGUAUCGACGCGGCGAACCCACCUCCUGGCGUGUUCUGCCCAAAUUUGAGGCGACUCGAGCUCGCGAACGCGGAGUACCUCAUCUCCUUGCUUCUGUUCGUCAACGCGCCGAAUUUGCAGGAGCUGGUUCUCACCUCGGGAAGCGGCAGGAAUGAACAGGACAGGGAGACGCUCGCGGUUGACAUGGGCAUCGAGCAGGAGCUCGCGUUUUUCGUCACCGAAUCACGGUGCCAGUUGCGCCGGCUCGAGUUGGACGGCGUUCGUCUGGGUCGUGCAGAUUUCGUCGCGCUCCUCGAAUCGUUGAGGUCCCUCCGCGAACUCAAAGUGACGACUUCGCAAUUCCAUAUGCGGAAUUAUUUCGAUGGGGCGACGCUUGCGCGCUUGAUGGAGCUGAGGAGGAGUAAGGAUGGAGGCACGACGCCGCAGCUACAGGUCCUGGAGGUGUGUGUUCCGAGUGGUGCGGUGACGCGGAAGGCGUUCGCGGACUAUGUGAGGAUGCAUGGCAGGAUUCGACACGCCAAGCUGGAGUACGUCAAUGAAGACCAGGAGUGGUAG